AAAAAUAAGCAAAUGGCCACGCGCUGUUGCUGCUGUUCUGGCUUUUGCCUUGUUUUCGCUUUAUGGCCAUUGCAAAGACGCUCUCCGUUAUCGGGUAAAUCCGGAUAACGGGCGUCGUGUGGCGGCCCGAUUUAAUAUUUUACGGCAGCCAUGGCCUACAAACAGAAUCGGCGAACCAAGCCCAAGUCGGUUAGGUGGGCUGGCUGUCCAGGGUCAAGUGCGUUUGAUUGUUUUUAUUGGCCAUUCGCACUCGCUGUCCCGCAGGCGCACACGACGUAUGCGUGAUAUAGGUGCACAUGGGUGUUCCAUUGAGACGACGACCCACUUCCGGACGAGUCCGGGCUCCGACCUUCCGGAAUACGCCCGCCGAAUGCUGAUUCCUCCACUUUGUUGUUUUCAGUGUGCUCUGUUUUUAUUAUUUUUUUUUUUUGAGGGUGCUACGAUCAGUGAAUCUGAAUCGCAUUUUUGAGUAUCUGCAUCGGCAAUUAAACAAAAUGUGUACAAAUUAAUUUGACAAUUAGUUAAACAAUGCGAAUAGCGUUGGCUAAUUGGUGACCAAUUAGCCGAGGGCUCUAUAAAUUGUUGCAGCCGCUGGGAAUCUUUCAAAAACUCACGAAAUGGAACAGUGGAUAAUAAACUGGAGUAUUGGCUUGUUGUGCAUUCUGCAACUCCUGCAAAGAAGUUGGAGCACCAACUACGAGCUAAUCGUUGAUGAAAAGACCAUGGACAUCCAUUGCGAUGCCGAAGAUGAUCAGGGAAACACACCGAUUAGCCAGAUCUUGGACAUUAGCGACAUUACCUUCAAGGUGGCCGACGACCUGGAAACCUUGUACUUCAGUGGGGACAUCAAGGUGUUGAUAGAAGUGCCAAGUGGUCCGAUUGCCAUGCAGGUCGAUAUGUUUCGCUGGGAACGAAGCCAAUGGCUGCCAACUCCUCUUUCCUUAAAACGUGACAGCUUGUGCGAUGCUUUGUCUAAUCCCAUGGAGAUCUGGUAUCCCGUCUAUAGGAAUGUGCCCAAGGAUCAGAUGAUUUGUCCGCCCGAAAAGGGGCACAUUUACACACUGAACAACGUGAGCAACCAUGCGUUUGUGAACAAUAUGCCUCGUGUGGACAUUGCUGGCGACCUGAAGGCCGUGUUCCAGCUGAGCUCGGGGAAUUUAAAGACCUGUGCCGCGGUCUUCUUCAAGGUCUACGCCAAGUGAGAAGGAAACGGGAGCCCUGACAAUGGACGGAGUGGAUCUCGAAGAGAUCCCGCUGUUUGCCUAGUUUAUAGUACGCGGUUGCUCUACUUUUAUGGCCUGAUUUGGAGGUGUUUGCUCGGCUUCAAUGGCGCGUCCCACUGUUUAUGGCUCUAACUAAAUGAUUUGCAAAUAAAGCGAAAUAUUUCAUAUUCAUGCA